AUGUUCCAAAAGGAUAUCGACUUCAGCCAGCAGCCGUCCUACUGGUUAUCGACCAUUGUGAUCCCAGAUGCCAAGCUGAUCUUCUGUCCUCAGUACAAAGUGGGCACCAACGAGUACAUGCGGCUUCUGCGGUGGCUCGAUGGUCAGGACUACAAUGUAUUUAAUCCCUACAAUCAGAGCCACAGUGCUGGGAGGAACGUCUUCAAUCUGACAGAGUUGAACGCGUAUUCAUACGAAGCUGCUUUGCAGAUGAUGUUCGACUCAGACUGGGCUAAGUUGGUCGUUGUCCGUGAUCCGCUGGAUCGCUUGCGCUCAGCAUAUUUCGAUAAGAUACGCCGCAGGCACAAGAACCCGCAACAGUUUGCGACAGCACUGAACAUGCCAAUUCCGGCUCUGUGGAACUUAAGCUUCGCUGCCUUUGUGAGACGAGUCGAUGCUCAAUUGAAACGCAAGGUGGUGAAUAUUCACUGGAUGCCGCAAGCGCAAGCAUGCAACUUAACGCGUUUCAAGAAGUACUACCAAUACGUGCUGCCCCUCGGCCUGGACAAGAGCUCCCAUCCGAUGGUGCGUGAUUGUGUACUUGGGAUCAUGAGGAGCAGAGUGAGUAUGUCAAAGCUCUCCGCGCUGCAACACCUUGUUGUUGCGGACAGUAUCAAGGGCAAACUACAUAAGCAUCAGACUAACUCAAGCCUCGAAAUCUUCGACGAGAUCUAUGAUAAGGACACUUGCAAGCUGGCUCUCCGAAUCUACGCGGAAGACUACGACCUUUUUUCGCUGCCCAGGCCUACUUGUCAUGACACUCCCCCUCGUGUAAGGUGGACAGUCUAG